AUGUCAGGCAGCAUGCCUUAUUAUUCGGGGUCACAGACAAUGACACAACGUGCCUUGGGUGGCUCAAAGGAUGCCAAGAAUGGCUUUCCCAAGUAUACGUCGCAGUAUGCUGACUUCACUGAUGACAAGGACAACUCUUUCAGCAACCUGAAUGGCGAACCUGAACAGACUGUCGGCAGGUACCCAGCUUCCCGAUCUAUGCAAGACCAGUCUUUCUUGGGAAAUGGGCACUCGCGGGAUCACCUUUCCACUUCUGGCCAGUCAGACAAUGAUUUGCACGGCCAGGGGGCCCCGUAUGCCGACUAUCCCUUCGGCACACCUCACACUUCGAUUCACUCCCAACGUCCCUCUUUGAACGGGCCAACCGGGUCCUUCCAUGGCCAGAACCCAAGAAGUUACGACCACAACAACAUGGGGCAGCAAAUUCCCGAUGAUGAUCUCCCAGAGCGGUUGGGACGCAUGGCCAUUGGUUCUGGUCUCAAUGGAGGCUCCAACGCUUUGGGAAAUCUGCAGUCAUUCGGUAACGGCUCGCAGGAUUUCCAGCUUAAUCCAGGCUCCCAGCCUUGGGAUCAUGGUCAAGGGUACCAGGCUGGACACUCGCGGGAUAGCUACUCCAACAGCAUCUCCCUGGACAGGCGGGGCUCUGGAGUUGAUCGCAGCUCGCCUGCCGGUAGCACGUACCGUGCUGGUGCGACUGGCGUGGGGUUGAACAGCCCACGAAGCUUCACACCCGCCAUCGAUUCAUGGUCAAGACCGGUGUCACGCGACCUUCGAUCGGGGCCUGAAGCGGACCGGCGCAGCUUGUCCCAUUUCCCACCGCAGUCACCCUACUACCAGAAUGGGUAUUACAACUUCCCACAGUACGCACCAGGCCCCUAUGACGCUGUCUAUGGCAGACAGCCAAUGCAGUUUCCGGGAUACCCACUUCCACAGUAUCCAUUUGCUCACAACGGCGUGCCGCCGGUUCGCCCAAGCAGUGACCGGGACCCGGCCAGGGGAGUGCGGAGCUUGAAGCUGGAGGAGUUCAAGACUGGGAACAAGUCCAGCAAGCGAUUCGAGCUCAAGGACAUCUAUGGCUUCAUUGUGGAGUUCAGUGGUGACCAGCACGGCUCUCGCUUCAUCCAGAACAAGCUUGAGACGGCCAACAGUGAUGACAAGAAUCAGGUCUUCCAUGAGAUUGAGCCCAAUGCCAUCGUGCUGAUGAAGGAUCUGUUUGGCAACUAUGUCAUCCAAAAGUUCUUUGAGCAUGGGAAUCAAGCUCAGAAACAAGUGCUUGCUGCGGCCAUGAAGGGCAAGGUUGUUGAACUCUCGAUGCAGAUGUACGCCUGCCGAGUUGUUCAGAAGGCUCUUUCGCACGUGCUCGUUGAGCAACAGGCUGAGUUGGUCAAGGAACUCGAGCCCGAGAUUCUCACAAUCGUGAAGGACCAGAACGGAAACCACGUCGUCCAGAAGAUCAUUCAGACAGUGCCUCGGCAACACAUUGGUUUCAUUUUCGAUUGCUUCAGGGGACGUGUCAGCGAGCUGUCGUCGCAUGCGUAUGGGUGCCGUGUGAUCCAGCGUGCUCUUGAGCAUGGAAACGAGGCAGACAAGCAGUCCAUCAUGAAGGAGCUGCACAGCUGCGCCCAGAUGCUGAUCAUGGACCAGUACGGCAACUAUGUGACGCAGCAUGUCAUCACGGAUGGCUCUCCCGAUGACCGUUCCAAGAUGGUUGCCCUCGUCAUGUCUCAGCUGCCCAUCUUCUCCAAGCACAAGUUCGCCUCCAACGUCGUGGAGAAGUGCAUCAAGCAUGGUACGGCUGACCAACAGCGCGACAUCAGGGACCGCUUCAUGUCUCGAGGAGAUGAUGGCAACUCUUUCUUGGUAUCCUUGACCAAGGACCAGUUCGGCAACUACGUCCUCCAAACCCUCCUCAGUGAGCUGCAAGGCCAGGAUAGGGAUGUCCUGGUCAAUGAGGUGAGACCGCUUCUUGCAUCCAUCAAGAAGAUGUGCACGGGCAAGCAAAUUGCCGGAGUUGAUCGCUUGCACAACGCCAUCACCAGCUACACACCUUCGUCGACGGCCCCGACUUCUCCUGGCCUUCACGUCGACGUGAGCUCGGCGGUGCCGACUCCAAACCUCACGAUGGGCCCGAACAGCCCUUCAAGCAGUCCGCCAAGCACUAGCGAGAGUGCCGUCGAGGAGACGAUUGGUCAGACGGAUGCCAAACCUGCCACGACAGACGCGACGGUCAACAUUCAGGACCAGGCCGACGAGGUCUAA